CUGCGGCGGCCGAGCCGCGGUGCGUCUGCAGCAUCCAGUUUUGGCGUCUCCAGCCCCCUGCGCGCCUCGGCUUCUGUCUCCUCCCCUUCCCGCCCAUGUGGGGCUCCCGCGGCGAGCCAACUCUGCGCACUUUGCCCCUUGUUGGCAGCGAAUAAAAGGGGUCAGAGGAAAUACGGGACACCGUCACCCACUGCCAGCCCUAGCCUUUAAAUCCCUAGCCCGGGGAGAUCCAGGCAGAGCGUGCAGGGUCUGGCCACGGAUCCCGAGCGCGAGGCGCUGAGCAAGGUUUCGAGCGCAGCGCAGCUGAUCAUCGUGCAAAAGCGGACUCCGGAGCCCGGUCCCCGCUCCCUGCCGACUGUCCGAACUCCGCUCCGCAGUCUCAGUCCCGAGAAAGUGAUCCCAGCGUCGGAGAGCCCAGAUGCCGGCCCACUUGCUGCAAGAGGAGAUCUCUAGCUCCUACACUACCACCACCACCAUCACAGCGCCUCCCUCCAGAGUCUUGCAGAAUGGAGGAGGCAAGUUGGAGAAAGUUCCACUGUUUUUGGAAGAAGACAUUCGCCCUGAAAUGAAAGAUGACAUCUAUGACCCAAGCUACAAGGACCAGGAGGGUCCAAAGCCCAAGCUUGAAUAUGUUUGGAGAAACAUCAUCCUUAUGAGUCUGCUACACCUGGGAGCCCUGAUUGGGAUCACCAUGAUCCCGUCCUGCAAGCUCUAUACCUGUCUCUGGGCGUUUCUCUACUAUUUGAUCAGUGCCCUGGGCAUAACAGCGGGAGCUCAUCGCCUGUGGAGUCACCGAACUUAUAAAGCUCGGCUGCCCCUGCGACUCUUUUUGAUCAUUGCCAACACGAUGGCGUUUCAGAAUGACGUUUUUGAAUGGGCCCGAGAUCACCGUGUCCACCACAAGUUUUCAGAAACAGAUGCUGAUCCUCAUAAUUCCCGGCGUGGCUUUUUCUUUUCCCAUGUGGGUUGGCUGCUUGUGCGCAAGCACCCUGCUGUCAAAGAGAAGGGUGGUUUGCUAGACUUGUCUGACCUAAAAGCGGAGAAACUGGUGAUGUUUCAGAGGAGGUACUACAAAUCCGCUGUCCUGCUGAUGUGCUUCAUCCUGCCCACGCUGGUGCCCUGCUAUUUCUGGGAUGAAAAUUUUCUGAACAGUUUGUAUGUGGCCACUUUCUUGCGUUACGCCAUCGUGCUCAACGCCACCUGGCUGGUGAACAGCGCUGCCCACAUGUACGGCUAUCGCCCUUAUGACAAGAACAUCAAUCCCCGAGAGAACAUCCUGGUUUCACUGGGAGCUGUGGGUGAGGGCUUCCAUAACUACCACCAUACCUUUCCCUAUGACUACUCCGCCAGUGAGUACCGUUGGCACAUCAACCUCACCACAUUCUUCAUCGAUUGUAUGGCUGCCAUUGGCCUGGCUUAUGACCGGAAGAAGGUAUCCAAGGCUGCUGUCUUGGCCAGGAUUAAGAGAACUGGAGAUGGAAUCUUCAAAAGUGGCUGAGUUUUGGGUCCUUUAGGGUCCUUUUCCAAAAGCCAGCCAGGCAGAGUUUUAAUGUUCUGUUUAUUAACUACUGAAUAAUGCUACCAGGAUGCUAAAGAUGAUGUUAACCUAUCCAGUACAGUAUUCUUUUAAAAUGCAAAAGUAUUGAAAGCCAA